AUGGAGCGGAAGUUGACUCGCGAGGACUUCAUGCGAAAGAGCUUUCGGGCUCCGAGGGUAUCUCCUGCCCCUGAUCAAAUCACAACGCAUAAUGGUGCACCUCCUCCAUCUCCGGUGUCAUUAGCAAUGCUAGAAAAGACUCCACAGCCCCAAAGAGCUAAAUAUGAAGUUACUUCAACUGGAAUCGCUCCAAAACGACUAGAACUUAAUAGAGCGCAUCCAAUACAUCUAAAGUCAUUCCAAGCGUCUGAAUCACCUGAGGAUAAUGGACCGACGCCACCAUCAGACGAUGUUUUACGUAAAUUAGAAAGACAGAUUGGCGAAAUGGAGCGAGGCUUGGAAAGAGCUCAGAACGGUACAGUUGAAGUUGAUGAAAGAGUACGUUAUGCGGAACACGAGAAUCUACUCCGCACUGGAGUGUCUUCUGUCGGCGGUGGGGGCUAUCUCGCAGCCGAUUCCGACACAGAACACGAUGUUGUACCAUUCAACAGAAAUGAGACGACACGUAGUAGUACAGGAGCAACUGCACCCGCACCGCGACCGGCCACCCGUCUGGCACGAACGAAUUCAGAUACGCAGCAACAUUCUGUGGCUGCUACAGCCCGCCUGAUGAGGAAACUGGCUGAUGGUGGCACAAAGGAUGAGAAGACUAAAGUGAUGUCGAGGAAAGCUAUUCAAGCGAGAAUGGAACAAGUGAAACGGUCAGUGGUAGGGACGAAACACGAGCACAGAGUACUGGCUGAACAUAGAGCCGAGCCGAACGCUGCUAAAACACCAACGUCUCCUGCCUCUCAACGUUCUUCUGUGCAGGUAAUUUUGUGA